AGUCCCUCCUGCUCCCCCAGCUGCUGUUGUGUCCUGCCUGGCUGCCCGGUGUCUGCUACACUGCUCCCCGCUCUGCCCGCUCCUUCCCCGGACCCGAAGCCCGCCUCGCACCGCCCCGGCUACCGAACUCCCAGUGAAUGCACUAGCCAGCAACCAUGACAGGCAUCGCCGCCGCGUCUUUCUUCUCCAACUCCUGCAGGUUCGGGGGUUGUGGGCUACAGUUCGAGUCUCUGGCCGAGCUAAUCGUCCACAUCGAGGACAAUCACAUCGACACAGAUCCUCGCGUUCUGGAGAAACAGGAGCAACAACAGCCCACCUACCUGGCCCUGAGCUACAUCAACAGGUUUAUGACGGACGCGGCACGUCGGGAGCAGGAGACCCUGAAGAAGAAGGCCACACCCAAACUUUCCCUGUCAAUCACAGGUGGCGUGUCUCGGAACAGCGUGGCCACACCUCCACGGCACAGCAAUGGCAACCUGACUCCCCCCGUGACUCCUCCCAUCACACCCUCCUCCUCCUUCCGUAGCAGCACGCCCACAGGCAGUGAGUAUGAUGAUGAGGAGGUGGACUAUGAGGAGUCAGACAGUGAUGAGUCCUGGACCACGGAGAGUGCCAUCAGCUCCGAGUCUAUCCUCAGCUCCAUGUGUAUGAACGGAGGAGAGGAGAAACCCUUCGCCUGCCCUGUGCCUGGCUGCAAGAAGAGAUACAAGAAUGUGAACGGUAUUAAAUACCAUGCCAAGAACGGCCACCGGACACAGAUCCGUGUGCGGAAGCCCUUCAAGUGCCGCUGUGGGAAGAGCUACAAGACGUCCCAGGGCCUGAGACACCACACCAUCAACUUCCACCCGCCCGUCUCCGCCGACAUCAUCCGCAAGAUGCAGGGCUAGAAAAAAACAAAAAACAUUUCCCUAUUCCUCACCAGCACUCCCAACCCCAACCACCCCACACUUUUUCAAUGUCAAUAUCCACCCCACCUUGACCAACCAACCAAAACAUAUCCCUAUGCCUUCUGGCCCAACCUUAGGGGUGACAACCCAAACCCCUAUUCCUUCUGGCCCAACCUUAAUAUGCUGACCACACCGCCCACGUUGCAAAAUAAAUGUACAGAUCCAUGUUAUUAGGUCAUUACACCCCCACUGCUGGUGUCUGUUCUAUUUGUGAUGCUUAACGCACUGCAAGUCCCGCCUCUCCCAUCUCAUUGGUUUUUAGGAGCAUAUGCUCACGUGGGUCAUUGAAAGAUGAACUGAGGUCCACACUCCAGUCCAGUCUGUUGUGGUAAUGCGCCUUAAAGUUGGUUGCCAAGCACCAUAUAAAAUCAGAAAAAGAAGUCUGAAGGAGGAGAGAUUACUAGAAACUAAUUCGGUUUAGCCUUUUAUCUGUGGAUUAAUUGUCAGAGGAGAGGACCUUGUGCAUUUCAGGUAAAAUAACAACCCAAUGUUUAUAUCCCAGGACAA